AUGCUGCUUAUAAUAGCUAUUCUCCUAUUAAUCUUGAUUGUUACAUACAAAUUAUAUGCACAUUUCUUUCCAGCACCGUUGGUCGAUCCAAAUGGAAAAUACGUGCUGAUAAGUGGUUGUGAUACAGGUUUCGGAAAUAGACUUGCAAAAGAAUUAGAUCGCCAAGGCUAUAAUGUGUUGGCGGGAGUUUAUUCAAACGCUUCAAAAGAACAGCUUGUCGGAGAAUUAUCAUCAAAAGCUACAGUGUUCAAAUUAGACAUCACAAAACAACAGGAUAUUGAUGAUGCCUUCGAAUUAAUUAAUAGUAAAACAAAUGAUUUAUACGCAUUGGUCAACAAUGCUGGCGUGGGCAAAGGUGGCCUGAUUGACUGGAUUCCAAUGCAGCUGUAUCACGAUGUGAUGGAGGUGAAUUUUUUUGGACAUGUCUCAAUGACAAAAACAUUUUUGCCAUUAUUAGUGAGACGAUCCGGUAAUCGAGUUGUUAACAUUUGCUCUGCAGCUGGUUAUAUGGCUGCGCCUGCUGUGUCAGCAUACUGUGCAAGUAAAUAUGCUCUAGAGGCUUUCUCCGAUUGUCUACGACGGGAAAUGGCAUUAUGGGGACUAAAAGUGUCUAUUAUUGAACCGGGGUUUAUGAGAACAGCAAUUAUUGAAGGACAUGAAGACGCGUGCUCUCAGUUGUGGCAUAAUUUGACUAUUGAUAAGAAAGAACUUUGGGGCGAAACGUUUUUCAAUCAACAUCUGAAACACAUGGCUAACAUCACGAAGUUUGCACAAGAUCCGAUGGUUGUCGUUCGAGCAUUACAGCAUGCAGUAUCAAGCACAAAGCCAAAAAUUCGCUAUCGCCCGGGAUGGCAAUCUGCCUUGAUCUUUUUCCCAUUAUCUCUGAUGCCUGCGUGGUUAGCUGACAUCUUUAUAGCCUUAAUAAAUAGUACAUCGGAUAAACCAGCCGGUGUACUAAAACGAACUCAAAACAUCGUUAAACAAGCUCAAUCAGAUUAG